AUGAGCGGUCCCGUCCACGAUAUCCAAGCUCCUGGUAUCCAGGCACAGGGCGAAAUAUUAUUUCACAUGCGAAGAGAAGUCGCGCAACUACUCAAUCGAUCCAAUCCCAGUUUCCCCGGCGCACAGCCUGUCAGUUUCACCAGACGUCAUCUCGAUGAAUUGACGCGACAAGACUAUUACGUGUGCGAGAAAUCAGAUGGUUUUCGUUACCUACUCUAUCUGACCGACGAUGAGGCCCACGAAGAAUGUCAUUAUUUGAUCGAUAGGAGGAAUGACUAUUGGUAUGUACCCAAAGGAAGCCUGCAUUUUCCUAUUCCUCGCGAUAUCGAAGGAUUCCAUAGAAAGACUUUGAUUGAUGGGGAGUUGGUUAUGGAUAAGACACCGAAUGGGAUGCAGCCGAAAUUCCUCGUCUUCGAUUGCAUGGUAUUGGAUGGAAACAGUCUUAUGAAUCGCACACUCGAUAAACGACUUGCAUAUUUCUCGGAGAGAAUCUUCUCGCCCUACCAAGAUCUCCUGCGAAACUUCCCCCAAGAGAUACCAUACUUCCACUUCUUGAUGGAGUUAAAACGAAUGGAAUUUGGCUAUGCGAUGGAAAUGAUGUUUCGACAAACCUUGCCAAACUUGCCGCACGGAAACGAUGGCUUGAUUUUUACAUGCAGGAGCUCGGAAUACAAGCAUGGAACAGAUCAGAAUAUAUUGAAAUGGAAACCCGAAAAUGAGAAUAGUAUCGAUUUCAAACUCGGGCUCGAUUUUCCCACCGUUGAACCCGAUGCGAUGGAUCUCGCAGAAGGGAACACAGAUCCAUAUGUUGAUUACGAUGCGAUUCCAGUCUGUAACCUAUUCGUCAAUGCAGGAAAUGGAAAGGAUGAAUGGUAUGGAACUAUGCAUCUAGAAUCAGAGGAAUGGGAGAAGUUGAAGGAACUCAACGAACCGCUCAACGACCGAAUAGUAGAAUGCUACAUGGAUGACAAGAAGAGAUGGAGAUACAUGAAGUUCAGAGACGAUAAGGAAGUUGCAAAUCAUACAAGCACGGUGGAGAGCGUUAUUGAAAGUAUUAGGGAUCGUGUGACGGAGAAGGAUUUAAUUGCCGCUGCACCUCGAAUCAGGGAUGCAUGGAAGAGGAGAGAUGCGGAGAAGAAAGCCGCCGCCGCCGCUGCUGCUGCUGCAUGA